AUAUUUACAAGUGUGCUGUAUUUGCUUACUCUAGAGCCUACUGUAUUGUAUACUGACUGUUGUAACAGAAUCACAGCUGUACAAUUUGGGUUAAUGGGUUAGUUGGGUUUGUUACAUGGGUUUGGGUUAAGUGAAACGGGUAUGUGUAUGGGUUUAAUAUAAAUAGAAAAUGUUGUGUUCUAUUUUUAGGGUUUCUGCUUUUGAUUAGGGCGGCGGCUUCUCGAUUCUUCCUUCUUGCUUUGCUGCUGAUGUUGGCCCUGGGGCUGUUCAUACUCGUUCAGAGAUAAACUUGGCUUUAAUUAAUUACUUGCCUCUGGUUUUGUGCGCUUGAAAAUCUGUGAUUGAAGAAGGAAUCCUCUUAUCUGUAUUCUCCUCGCACAUAAAUAUAUUUCUUGUUCUGCAGAUGCAUUAAUUAAAUAUUCUUCUUAUUAACUUACGGAGGCACUUAACGGAGAUGAGUGUAUUAUUUUCUUGAAAUGUGGGUUCUUCAUGGCUUUGGUUCGGUUGUCGAGAGCAACGGAAAAGAUCAAAACGAGAGGAAAUCUUUAUUUCUUCUCCACAGCCAAACCUUUUUCUAAGCCAUAGAUUAUCUCUUUCUUUUUUUAUUUUUUCCUGGGUUUACGAAAUGGUAGAAGUUCAGCUUCGGCAAGACUAACGACCCUGUCAACACAAAAGAAGUCUUCGUAUCCCAAGAAUUUCUCUAACAGGAAGCCAAAUAGAAAAUGGAGGAGAUGAAGCAGAGGCAUUUUGUGUUAGUACAUGGAGCCGGUCUUGGAGCGUGGUGUUGGUAUAAAGUAGCUACUCUUUUAAAAUCAGCAGGUCACAAAGUUACAGCUCUAGACAUGGCUGCAUCUGGUGUUCAUCCAAAGCAAGUCAGUGAGAUUCAAUCAAUAUCGGAUUAUUUUGAGCCGUUGAUGGAAUUCAUGAUGUCUUCACCACAAGAAGAGAAGGUGAUUUUAGUUGGUCACAGUUUUGGUGGUCUUAGCAUAUCUAUUGCCAUGGAAAGGUUUCCGGAGAAAAUUUCAGCUGCAAUUUUUGCUUCAGCUAUCAUGCCAGGACCUGACCUCAGCUAUACCAGUGCAAGAGAAAAGUUUAGCAAGACAUUUGAUCCAAUGGACACAAAAUUUAAGUUUGAUAAUGGGCCCGACCACCCCCCAACCUCCCUAUUAUCUGGGCCUAACUGCUUGUCAACCCAAUUGUAUCAACUCUCACCGCCAGAAGAUCUAAUGCUUGCAAUGAUGUUAAUAAGACCUCAUCCUUUGCAUAAUAUUGCUGCUGUACAAAAUGAAGCAGUGUUGACCAAGGAAAAGUUUGGAUCAGUUAGUAGAAUUUUUAUAGUGUGUGGCCAAGAUAAGGUUUACAGUGAAGAUUUCCAAAGAUGGAUGGUCCAAAAAAAUCCACCUAAUGAGAUUAUGGUUAUCUCUGAUUCUGAUCACAUGCUCAUGAUUUCAAGACCACAGGACUUCUGUUCUUGCCUUGAAGACAUUGCCAAGAAAUACUUCUGAAUCUUAUUUAUUUGUUGAAUCAUGUUUAGAGAAUAAUUUCAUACAAUUCUGUUUACAUGUGGAAAAUAACAAUCAAUAAUAACUGAUUUAUUAUCACUAA